AUGACGGAGCAGGUGACUCCCAGCCCCGUCUCAACAGAGCUGAUGGCCACCACUGACUUCUACCCCUGGGAGUACGACUACUCGGGCGAGGUCGGCAUGUUGCCUGAGCUCUGCGAGAAGCAGGGAGUCCAGGGCUUUGCCCGCACCUUCCAGCCUGCCGUGUACCUGCUGCUCUUGCUGCUGGGCACAGUGGGGAACGGGCUGGUGCUGCUCACACACACCCGCUACCGCCAGGCACACAGCAUCACCGAUGUCUGCGUCCUGCACCUCGCUCUGUCCGACCUCCUGCUGCUCCUGACGCUGCCCUUCGCCAUCACCGACACGCUGCAGGGCUGGUCCCCAGGCACAGCCGCCUGCAAGGUGCUGCAGGGUCUCUAUGCCCUCAACUUCUACAGCGGCUUCCUGUUCCUCACGUGCAUCAGCGCGGAUCGCUAUGUGGCCAUUGUGCGGGUGCCGGCUGCUUGCCGCCUGCGCCCACGAGCUCGCCGCCUCGGCUGGCUGACGGCGGGGCUGGCCUGGCUGCUGGCCAUGCUGCUAGCACUGCCCCAGUUCGUCUACAGCCAGGCAGAGCAGCACCAGGAUCUCUGGCUCUGUCGUGUCGUCUUCCCCCGUGUGGUCUCACGGGCAGCCCGGGGGGCCACCAACCUGCUGCAGGUGGUGCUCAGCUUCGCGGUGCCCUUCCUGGUGAUGGCAAGCUGCUACGCGGCUGUGGCACGGACGCUACUGGCGGCCCGCGGUGCCCAGCCCCACCGGGCGCUGCGGGUGCUGCUGGCCCUCGUGCUCGUGUUUGUGGCCCUGCAGCUGCCCCACAGCCUGAUGGUGCUGCUGGACGCGGCCGAGCUGCUGGCCAGCUGGGAGAUGAGCUGCGCCCAGAGCCGCCGCAAGGACCUAGCACUGCUGGUCACUGGCGGGCUGGCGUACCUGCGCUGCUGCCUCAACCCCCUGCUCUACGCCUUCCUCGGCCAGCGCUUCCGCCAGGAGCUGUGGCUGCUCGCCAGCGACGCCGGCUGUGUGGGGUCCCUCGUCCCGCGCUGCUCCGGCUGCUCCAGUCCCCGCCGGCGGACAUCGGUCUCCAGCUACUUGGACGUGGUGUAG